AUGGCCUUACAUGAAUCAUCUUUUGAUACAAAAUGUGUGACUUUAACUAGUUUUGUUUUAUCAGAACAGAAAAAAAUUUCUGGUGCAACUGGUGAUUUUACAUUGCUGAUAAAUGCUAUUCAAACAGCUGUGAAAGCCAUAAGCUCGGCUAUACGAAAAGCUGGUAUAGCAAAAUUAUAUGGCAUUUCUGGAGAAACAAAUGUCCAAGGGGAAAAAACUACGAAACUUGAUAAACUCAGUAAUGAAAUUUUCAUAAACGUACUAUCUUCUACUUGCACAACGUGUAUACUUAUUAGUGAAGAGAAUGAAACUCCGAUAAUUGUUGCAAAAGAGAAACGAGGAAAAUAUGUCGUAUGCUUCGAUCCACUGGAUGGAUCAUCAAACAUUGAUUGUUUAGUAUCCAUUGGAUCUAUUUUCAGCAUAUACAAAUCCUCUGGGAUAACAAUGGAAUCUGAGCUAAAAAAUGUUAUACGAUCUAGCGACAAUUUGAUUGCUGCUGGCUAUGCAUUAUAUGGAUCAGCGACUAUGAUUGUAUUGUCAGUCGGACAGAGUGUCAAUGGAUUUACAUAUGAUCCUGCUAUUGGAGAGUUCAUGUUAACCGAACAGAAUAUAAAAAUACCAACAAGAGGAAAUAUUUACAGUAUAAAUGAAGGAUCUGAGGGUACGUGGGAAGUAGCUAUUAAAGAAUACAUCAAAUCGAAGAAAUAUCCCGCUAAAGGAAAGUCGUAUGGAGCUCGAUACGUGGGGUCAAUGGUGGCGGAUAUUCAUAGAACAAUGAAGUACGGUGGCAUAUUUUUAUACCCAAGUACCAGCGCAUAUCCCAAUGGCAAGCUUCGUCUAUUGUAUGAAUGCAUCCCUAUGGCAUAUAUAAUAAAAAAUGCGGGAGGAAAAGCAUCUACGGGUAAAAUUGAUUUAUUGGACGUUAUUCCUGAAGAAAUACAUCAAAGAACUCCAAUUUUUUUGGGAUCACCUGAGGAUGUUGAUGAUUUGUUGACAUUCACGAAAUCUUCUUUUUAA